AUGCGCUUUCUUCCGUAUUCCGGAUAUCGGAACACCGGUUUCGUUUUGAUAUUACAUAAUGUACAACUACAUUCUCUAGUCUCUUUCUCUCUCUUUUUCUCUUCUUUUCUUUUCUCCUCUCUUUUACAGGUUUUCUUCUUUUUCUAUUUUUUCUUGCGUAUCUAUCUAUCUAUCUAUCUAUCUAUCUAUCUAUCUAUCUAUCUAUCUAUCUAUCUUUUACAGGUUUUCUUCUUUUUCUCUUUUUCCUUGGAUUCCCUCCCUAAUUUCAGUAUCUAUCUAUCUAUCUAUCUAUCUAUCUAUCUAUCUAUCUAUCUAUCUAUCUAUCUAUCUAUCUUCUCUUUCUCCUUUAGACAUUCUUUAGUCUCUCUCUCUCUCUCUUUCUCUUUUCUUUUCUCCUCUCUUUUACAGGUUUUCUUCUUUUUCUCUUUUUUCUUGCGUUUUCAUCAUUUUUCAUUUUUUUUAUUUAAGAUUUCAUUCCUAAUUUCAGUAUCUAUCUAUCUAUCUAUCUAUCUAUCUAUCUAUCUCAAUUCCCUUCUUAAUUUCAGUAUCUAUCUAUCUAUCUAUCUAUCUAUCUAUCUAUCUUCUCUUUAUUUUAAUCCUCAGUUUUUCUUUUCUCCAUUCUUCCUUUUUUUACUUCUUUCUUUCUUCUUUGCUUUUUUCCUUUUUCUCUUUUUUUUUCAUUCUUUUAUUUUCAUGGUUUCUUUUUUCUUUCUGUCUUUCUUUAUUUUUCACUUUCCAUUUUAUUUCUCAAACUUUUUUUUCCGAUUUUUAUUUCUCAUUUAUUCUUCUGCCCGAAGUCACAAGUCUUCGUGA